AAACAGAGAACCAGCUGAAUGCUCUUGUUCUGCGCGUUGUUUUUGUAUACAUAUUGCUAACUGUAUUCCUAAGUUUCAUAAAACACCUAUCUAAAUGAAAACUAGAGAACCGUUGGCCACGAUCAGUGUGGACCAAUUAUCACUUGCCUUCACCUGUCGGACAUGUCUGAAUACCGAUUCUCGGCAGUUGUUGAUUCCCAUUUUCGAGGACCACAAAGCCAGUGGCAAGUCACCGUAUGAUCUGUUCGAUCAACUUGUUUUCCUAAAGCUGAAGAUAUCGGAGAAUGAUGGCUUUCCAGCUAACAUUUGUAGCAGUUGCAUGGAACGCCUUUCCGCCGUAAAUGCUUUUAGAACACAAUGUGAGAAAGCUCAAGAAAUUUUGGAUCGUUACUUUGCGGAGCUUUCUGAGCAGCAUUUCUACAACGACAAGAUAGACCCCGAAGAAGAAUGCACAGAGUUUGAAUAUUUGGUUGAACCAGAACAUGAGGAUGUAUCUGUAAAGGUAGAGUCAGCAAACAGUGACAAUUUAUUACGUUGUCCUACGUGCAGGAAGGUUUAUAAACGGAAGGUACACUUGGAGCGCCAUAUACAUAGCCACAGCCCGAAUCAAUCAAAAAGCAUUUGUUUGCCAGUUACAUCUACUACUAAUAGCAUCGACGAGAAUGAAACGGAUCCUAACGUGGAAUCUGUUGCAUUCACGAAAAAGAUACAGUGUCGAUACUGUAAUGAUAUGUUUGCAUCCGAUGAGCUUUUAGCAGACCAUAUCGACGUAUCGCAUCUGAAAGAUCGACCGUAUUCAUGUCCACUGUGUAGAAAAUCCUUUCAAAGUGCGUCAAACAGGAACACUCAUAUGUAUUUACAUAAUCGAGGUAAUCCUUAUAAAUGUGACCAAUGUGCACAAUCAUUCAAGAGCAAGGUUUAUUUGAACCGGCACAGGAAAGCCAUUCACACGAUAGGUAGUCACAGGUGUGAUCAAUGUGGUGCUAGUUUUACCAAUACCACUAAAUAUGAGUACCAUUUGAAAUCACAUGAUCCUAAUAAAAAGUACAAGUGUUCAUAUUGUACCAAAUCUUUCCUUCAGCAACAUCAUUUGUUAAAUCACGAGAGAACUCACACCGGCAAACGUCCCUUUCUGUGCAACAUUUGCGGGAAAGGAUUUAAGCACGAGUCGAGUUUUAAAGUACACCUCAAGAUACAUGAAGGCAUUCGAACGCAUGUUUGUUCCGUUUGUUCAAAAACGUUUGUCCAGCGUAGCAGCUACCUUCAACACAUGGCGAAACAUAAAAAUGUCCGCCGAUUUCAAUGUGAACAAUGUGGCAAAAGUUUUAUCCAGCGUACCUCGUUGCUGACUCAUCUGAAAAAACAUUCGGAAGACCGGAUUCGGCAAUGUCAACCAUCGUUCACGACAACUUUUAGUUCUUUGCAACCACUGAUGGAUCACAAUUCAGAAUCAUUAUCCGCUCAGCAGACGUGCCUGGGUGAUGUUGCGAAAAUGAAGUCAAAAGAACCGAUCAACGCCAACAGUGCGAAGGAAAAGAAACCAUCACCUAUGUACAAACUUAUGCCGUACGCAUGCCAGCUAUGUAAUAAAUCAUUCCGACUUCCGUCUACGUUGACGACACAUCUGAAAAUUCACAACGAAGAGCGGAAAUACGUUUGCGAGGAGUGUGGCAGUACAUUCAAAAGAGCCGAACAUCUGCGAGUCCACGUUAACGGGGUACACUUGAAACGAAAACCGUACAGCUGUGAGGUUUGCCAUAAAUCGUUUGCCCAGUCGGGCGAUCGGAAUGUGCAUAUGCGACGGCACAUGAACGAGAAACCCCAUCAGUGCACCUAUUGCGGCAAAGGUUUUCGGUUGGCCAAAGCUCUCAGAGCUCAUGUUCGAUUGCACACAGGAGAAAAACCGUUCGUAUGCAUUAUUUGUAACAUGAGUUUCAUUUCUUAUACGGCACUUGCCUGUCACACUCAAAAACACCAGGAAGAAACACUAGAAAGCUGUCGUCCGAUAGAGACUGAUUUCACUGUGUCGCAACUGGAAACGUCGACAAAUGCUUGAACUCAGAAAGUAUUCUAAAACUUACAGUCUCUUAUUCGUUGGUAGAUGGCAUCGUUUCCAUAGUAUUUCAGUUUGCUUCCGUGUUUGAAAAAAAAAAUCUAGUCAUAAAGUUAUUAGUAGGAGCAAACAUGUAAUCGUCCUACACACUUGCGAAUCGUCUGUCGAAACAGGUCAAGUUCCGUCUUGGAAUGUUGAACGAGUUGGAGUUGGUUUUGAAAUUAUAGUGUAAUAUACGAAUAAACUAGGGU